AUAAAAUAACUUGUGAGUGCCUUGCUGCAGUUUGGCGAACAGGCAGACUUAGGUGAAACUGGAAUGCGCCUUCCAGAACGAUUACAUGGGGAGUUCGACAGGCAGAGCUUGGAUUUAGCUUUGGAGGAACGUGGAUUUUACCCACAGGAGAAAAUGAGUUUGGCAGAACAUGCCCAGUGCAGCCAUAAUUCCUCCUUGGACUUUCCCUCCUGUGACAGAGCUAUCCUAGCUGAUCCUUCUCAUGGUACAAGGACCUGUCAUACCAAGUCAAAACUGAAUUCCAGUGAAGUCUAUUCAACCAAUGAUUGGAAAAGUAAUAGUUCAAGGGAAUCCCAAAUAGCCAAUGAAUUACAGGCAGAAAAUGGCACCAGCAAAGAGUGUGGGAGGUCUACGCAGAGUGAAGCAGACUCUACUGAAUUACAGUUGAAAAUGGAAUUUUUUCGUAAACUUGGUUACACCUCAGAACAGAUCCAUGCGGUGUUUCAGAAAGUGGACAGCAAUGCUGAUACCAACACCAUACUUGGGGAGCUAGUAAAGGCAGAAGGGCCCGUGGAGAAGGAUAGUACACAAGAGGAGGAACCAAUAUCUGUCCUGGUGUCUCGUGGCGGCCCUUCGAUCAAGGUUCCAGCUGGCGGGCCAGCGAAGGAAGAGGUCCAAGAGCAGAAAGCCAACUUACGGACAAUUGUUAUAGAUGGCAGCAACGUUGCUAUGAGUCAUGGGAAUAAAGAAGUCUUCUCUUGCCUUGGAAUUCAACUGGCAGUCAAUUGGUUCCUUGAAAGAGAUCACACAGAUAUUACUGUCUUUGUCCCGUCUUGGAGGAAGGAGCAAUCAAGACCAGAUGUGCCAAUCACAGACCAGCAUUACCUCCGGGAGCUUGAAAAGAAAAAAAUACUCGUCUUCACACCUUCACGGCGUGUUGGUGGGAAAAGGAUCGUCUGCUACGAUGAUCGCUUCAUAGUCAAGCUGGCGUAUGAGACAAAUGGCAUCAUUGUUUCAAAUGACACUUAUCGAGAUCUGCAGAAUGAAAAACUUGAGUGGAAGAAGUUCAUCGAAGAACGUUUGCUGAUGUAUUCAUUUGUGAAUGACAAGUUUAUGCCUCCUGAUGAUCCUCUUGGGCGUCAUGGACCCAGUCUUGAUAAUUUUCUUCGGAUAAAACCCGUGAUUCCAGAGCAUAAGCGGCAACAUUGCCCCUAUGGUAAAAAGUGCACUUACGGAAUGAAAUGUAAAUUCUAUCAUCCUGAGCGAAUUAACCAGCCCCAGCGUUCAGUGGCAGACGAGCUCCGUGCUACUGCCCGAUCUUCUCCAACAAAAAACCUCAACUCUGCAAGUGUGAACAGGGAGGAGAAAAAAGCCACUGUACAAAAACGGUUGCCAUAUUCUGACACUGGACCCGUAGCAUUUAACCAGGGUGAGAACGGGUCUUUGCAUAAACGUGGUUCAGAUAAGCCAUAUCCGAAGCAGAAUGAGAUCUCCGCAGAGAGCAGUGGAAUGUUAAAAGGGCCCUCAGUGUCAAGUGAGAAGUCCGUUAACUUGAAUGCGGAGUGGCUUCAGCGUGUGGCCUUUGACAACAGCAUGACUAAUUCAACAUGUUCAAGCUUGCAUAAAAGUUGUGAUGAAGGCUUUUCUUCUUUUGAGAAAGAAUUGUCUGAUAUGUGGCCUUCCAGAUCUCAUAGUCACAAUGAAGUCUAUGCCAUGAGCAAUGAACCAUAUUAUCUACCCACACCCAGCUUAGACCAUCACCAAUAUAGCUACCAUUCCCAUGAGUCAAUGCCAUCAUUAGGUCACUAUAGUUACCCGCCACAAAACCCAUCCACUGGUUCGAGAUGCUGCGUCCCUAUGCACAGAAUGGCAAUCCAGCCACAUUUCAGUCUGUCCAAUGAGUUCAGCUCGCUGAAUUCCCAGAGGUCUCACGGUUGCUGGCCCGACUCGCACCUCACUUCGAACAACAGUCGGUCACAGAGUCUUCCCGACCCUCACGGCUGGUCAGUGAAAAGGUGUGACCAACAACCUCCAGAAUCCUACUGGAAGAACAGCCAGUGGCCAUCUCAUGGCCACUGUGAAGAGGAGCGGAAGACUGUGCGCAUGAAGCUGUGUGCCAUCUUCCAGCCCCACUUGGUAGAUGCUGUUAUGAAGCAAUAUCCACAGCUUCUGGAUCCCCAAGAAUUGGCUGCCACUAUCCUGGCGUAUAAAAACCGAAACCCUAAUAUUUAGUAUGAGGCAUCAACAAAGAUGUCAACACAAAUGAAUCAGCUCAAGUCACUAGGUAUAAGUAAUAAUCGAUACACUCCUGAAAUCAAUUAAGAUUAUUACAACAUUCCUGGAGAAGAGUUCAUUCAGAACACUUUUUGUUUUCUGGAGUAUUGUCCGUGUUUCAAACCUUGCAAUUCACUUUCAUACAUUAGGUAUGAUUUAAAAAGUUACAUUAUUUUCUCAAACAUCCUUGAGUUUUAUAAUUUGGUGAAGUAGAUCUCAUGGAGGAUUUAAAAGGUUUUGUCAGAUUGGUGGUUUGUAGGUUUAAGACCAAUGAUUUAUGUUAUAAUUUGUAUAUACUGUGUAUACUAUAAUUGUUCUGCACUGUAAAUUUUUAUGGCACAUGCCUUAAUCCAUAUGUGCUUUAAUCUACACUGUACAUAUUGUUAUGUUUAUCCUUUACAGGAUGUACUUAAAAUAUACAUUAUUACAUGGUGUGAUUGGGAUAUACUGUAGUGAAAACAGAAAUGUGCUAUAAUUGUGUAUGCAAGCUGAUAAAUACUGUAAUUUGUUUAUACUGUACAUACUGUAACCCAUCCAUUUCAGGUCAGUGUUAACUUCUCCUUUAUGUAAUUCAGGGCAGUUUCACACCUUUUACUUUUUUGUGUACUUAAUUUACUUCUGGAAACUCAAGAAUGUUGUUAAUUCCAUGUGAGUCCAGACAGAACUUGUAAUGUUUCUACACACAAUGUGAAUUGCUUGUAACCAAUGUUUGAAAAAGAAUUGACUUGCAAGUCAUAGUGAUACACUGUAAAGUUGCAGCUUAAGUUGGCAAUGUGAAACUAUUGACCUGUGAGCUGAAUAUGUUGGUACAUAUUGUAUCUUUACUGAUUCCCAAUUAACCUUAUCAAGUGAAUGAAGUGUUGUUCUUGAAGUCAAUGCUGCAGUCAAUGCUGAAUAGCAAUUAAAAUUGGCUGUGUUGGCACCAUGUGCCAGUCUGACUGUUGUAAGGGGUACUGAUUUGGUUGAAUUGUUAUCUAAAGAAUUCAAAACUACAAAAUCAUAUGUAAUGGUUUUGUUCUAGUUAAGCAAACUGCUUACAUUAAAGAAAUUGUAGUAUAAGACAUUGUAAUUUGUCUUUUUUAUAUAAGUGAUUUGCUCUUUUUAUGAGUAUGUUUUUGAAGUCAAGAUGCAUGAAGGCUUAGUGCCAAAAUUUCCUAGUCCUAAAUUGAGCAAUGUGAUCUGAUGAAUGAUGUUUCAAGAUUAUUAGGCUUUAAUUGUAGAGAGAAUAAUGUGUUGAUAGGCUUUACCUACAUGUAUAUAGCAAGCCAACAGAAUCUCCCUGAUUUACCAUUCAUGAGAUUAUGACAUUAUGAGAUCUAAUGACAGAUUAUGUAAAUUUCUUUGCUGAGUGUCUGCUGCAAUCAUGUUGCUGAUCAUAGUAAUUUUUUAUGGCAGCCCUUGAAAUGGGAGUUAGUGUAUUUUCUGCUCCUGGACUUGAGCAUUCCCUAAUCGUGGUUG